UUUUUUAUCGAGUAUUGCUUUUUGGCCUUUAUAUUCGCUUCGUUGGGACGUUUUUCACGUUUUUCAUUUUUGAAAUGAAAUUUCUUAAGAAAUGUACAAAUUUUGAAAUUUCUUUAAGAAAUUUACGAAUUCUUUUGCAACAGCAGCAAAGGCGACAGCAUGGUACGAAUCAGCAAACAAAUAAUGGCAAGUCGGCUGAAAGAUAUUGUAUGAAUUUGGUGGAGAAAAAUGAUCAUGAGAACUAUUUGUGUACCUUGCUGUUGGACAAUGCCCAUCGUAGGCAUGCCUUUGCGCUGAGAGCAUUCAAUGUAGAGGUGGCCAAAUGCUCGUCAAAUGUUUCAGAGGACCAUAUAGCAAAGAUGCGCUUGAAAUUCUGGUUUCAUUCCAUAGAAAAAUGUUAUGCCAAAGAAAAAUCGUAUGUGUCGGAUCAGCCGGUGUUAAGGGAGUUGAAAAAGACCAUAGAUAGCUUCCAAUUAAAUAAGGUAUAUUUAAAACGUCUAGUCAACGCUCGCGACCGUGCACCAAAUGAACCGUUUGUAACAAUAAAAGAUUUGGAAACAUAUGCAGAACAAACGUAUUCUUCUCUUCUAUAUCUGCUUGUGCAAUUAACUGGCGUUAAGGAUAUGAACGUGGAUCAUGCUGCCUCACAUUUAGGAAAAGCACAAGGUAUUGUUACAUUGCUGCGGUCAGUGCCCUAUACCAAACGUAGUCAAGCCUUAAAUAUACCACAGGAAGUCCUAAUUAAGAAUGGUGUAAGUCAGGAGCGUGUUUUGCGUGCGAAAGCAAAUGAUAAGGGUGUCGAAGAUUGUAUUUUUGAAGUAGCAACAGUGGCACAUCAACAUUUAGAAAUGGCUCGUAAUCUUUCCGACAAGGUUCCAAAGGAAGUUCGUAAGCUUUUCUUACCCGCUGUUGCCAUUGAUCGUUAUUUAGAACGUUUAAGAUUGGCAAACUUCAACUUAACGCAUCAAUCAUGCCUGCAAAGAGAUUCGAUGCUACCAUUUUCUUUGUAUAUGCGAAAUCUUAGAGGAAAAUUUUAAGGAGUAUCCAAAACUUCCAGAGGUACAAAACGGUGAUUUUUUGAAAGGUCACGACAGCUUUCAGCCAGAAUGAAAUUCAUAAAGGAAAUUAGUUUCCUAUAAAAAUAUAGGAACAAUAGCAAAUUAAACUAUGUUUAAAGUAAAAAUUAAAUUAAAAAGUUAAAACAUACAAA